UACAAAUUGUGAAAAAAUCUUGCAGACUGGUUUAGUCCGCUGUGUUACCUGCAACAUUCAACAACCAAUAAAUUCAUUGUACGCUCGCUCGCUGAUUUGCUUGACCGCGAUAAGAUCCGUUAGGACUGUGUAAAAGUUGUGGAAAAAGUUGCUGAUAGUUUUAAAAAUGAAACUCCAGCUGAUCUUGUUGCUGGCCUGUGUGGCAUUGGCCGCAGCCAAAUUUCAGCUCCGCACAGCUGAAGAUGCGAUUAUUGCGCAUGAGGAGUGCCGUGAUGAGUUCCGUAUACCCGAAGAUAUUUAUCAGAAAUAUUUAAACUAUGAAUUCCCCGCUCACAAGCGUACUAAUUGCUACGUGAAGUGUUUUGUGGAGAAAAUGGGACUCUUCACAGAGGAGAAGGGCUUCGAUGAGAAGGCGAUUAUUGCGCAAUUCACUGCGAAGAGUUCCAAAAAUUUGGCUAAAAUCUCACAUGGUUUGGAGAAGUGUAUCGAUCACAAUGAACAUGAUUCGGAUACCUGCACUUGGGCGAAUCGUGUCUUUUCCUGCUGGAUCUCCGUAAAUCGACCGAUUGUGCGCAGGACUUACAUUGCGAAAUGAACAUUUGAGUUGUAUUUGAGACGGGAGGUGUAAUUUUGAUUUUACAAAAUUUAAAUAUGUGCUACAUAUUUUUCGCACAUACAUACAUACACGUGAAAAUAAUGAUUAUUUAAAAACAUGAAAUAAAAUUUCUUAGAUAUCUGG